AUGGCCGAGGCUCAGAUCAAGUGCGACAUCUGCAAUUGCACCUUUGCACGCCAGGAACACUUGACGCGCCAUACUCGCAGCCACACCCGUGAGAAGCCCUACCGAUGCCUUCAGUGCAGCAAGUCCUUCUCACGCCUGGACGUCCUUCAACGGCACAUCUCAUCCCAUGAGCAGAGCGCUUCCGACCUGGCUGGCGCCUCUGCUAGAGCCUGUCGUGAGUGUGCUAUCAGCCGUGUCCGGUGCUCUAAAGGAUCACCCUGUAGGCGAUGUCACGCGAAGAACCUCGAGUGCACUUAUCCCGUACAACGGAAACGCAAGGCUUCCGUAGACCACCGUGAUGCCCCAAGCCCCGACGCGAUUGACCUCGGAAAUUCGACACCGCAGCUGAGAGUACCCAGACCCAGUGGAGAACAUGAUGCUGAGAACUCGACCAUGGACCCGACUGUACCCCCGAUUGACCAAGUCAUCUGGACACCGACUAUCAACCUGACGAGUAACGCGAGCUUUCCACAGGAGCCACCUGGCGCGGCCUUUCGUUCAGUCGACGCCAACAACUUUUCCCUGAGCCAAGGAUUGCCCGAACCUGUGCUAGGCAUGUCUGCACUAAACUGGCUAUCACCUCAGUAUCAAGAGGUGACGGAGUGGGAUAGUCAGCUUAUCGCAACAUCUGGUAACGGCAUGGCAUUGGGUGACUUCGAAUUUGCCCUGGGUUUCUCCCGAGCCGCUCUUUCUCCAGACACUUCACCGCAGGGGCACUCUAGUCAAAUACAGAGGCCCCUUGUCGAACACGGUCCUUGGAUUUUGCUCGAGCAACAAGAUGGGGAACCUGUCGCCAUGGACAACUCCCGCUCAGUGUCUGCUAAAAGUCCGACGUCUUCAAGAGAUUCAAGGGCGACCGAGGGAAGAUUUUAUGUCGAUGGCGCGGCCGCGAGGGCUCCAUUCAGAGGCUGCCUGACCGAGACACACCCAACAACGGACAUAUCUCCUUCUGAUAGAAGUACAGGCGACCCCAACCAUACAUCCACUCCUCUCUCCGCAAGCUUCGAGGCUGAACGUAUGCCAACAAUCGGGGAGGAUCUGGUUCUUGAAUCUGUCUACGACGGCUUGAUACUACAAGUGCAGUCAACCUCUCAUAUUCAAGCUCUCAACCUUGCGCCGACGACAAUCCCUCCGUUGCCUCACAUUCGGCGUUUUGUCAAGCUUUACUUUGAAAAAUUUCACCCCCCCUACCCAUUUGUUCAGAAGAGCAGGUUUGCUCGAAAUCCCAGAUGUCCACUACCACAGCCAGAUGACUGGGUUCUGCUUCUCGCCGUCUCAGCCGUCGGCGCCUGGUACUGCCCCGAGGCUCAGAGCCUUGGGUGGCGGGACGCAAUGUUCAAAAUGGUUAAUGCCCAUAUGGUGUUCUGCAUUUCCUCCCCCCCUCGAGAUGACCACGAGCUUCUCUGGCGACCAUCAGGACAGACCUCUACCUCUGUUCGCUUCGGCCUACCAACUCUUCAAGCUAGCAUUCUCAAUCUCAUUUGGAUGGUCCAAAGCGGCAGGGAAAACCUGAUACACCGGGCUAUGGCUGAUCGACAUCACAUCGUGGAGCAGUGUAAGGCUCUAAACCUUUUAUCCAUGCGAGAGUCAGACUUCAAAAUUGACACUUCUCCACCGGAACUUCUGAUAGAGCGAUGGUCAGACUUCCAGGCUAAGAUCCGCACAGGAAUGAUGACAUGGCUCCUGGACUGCAUUUUUGUGUUCGAAUUCAACUGCCAGCCCCUUGUACACCUUGCGGAUAUCUCGUCGCCUUUGCCAUGCACUGAAAACCUCUGGGAAACCCCGACUUUGGAGGAGAUCAACAGUAACAAACCUGGUCCAAUGCCCGAAUCAAUCGAAAUCCUAUAUAUGGAGAAGCGAUUACCGCCGCAUCUCGGCGAGUUCGGCUACCUGCUACUCAUCUACGCAAUACUUGGGAGGACGAGUGAGGCCAUGACUCAGUACCAGACUCGACUGUCGAACUGGGUACCCAAUGCCAGAAUCGAGUCCCGCUCAACUCUUCAGUCUGUUGCCGAAACAUGGCCACCAGCGCUACCCAUCAUGUCGAAAUGGAGAAACAGCGCCUGUGACUGCCUCGAUAUCCUGCAUUGGUACGCAAAUGGAACUGUGGCAAGGGCAGGUGGACUGGAACAUCCAACUAUUUUGCACCUCCAUCUCUCGCGGCUGCUGCUGCUGACGCCAAUCAAGCACAUGCAAUACGUGGCUGCGUUGUCUGAUGUGGGAAGCUCCAGUGGAGGCUUUGACAAGAUCAAGUACAAGGAGGCGUGUGGUCAUCUACGCAAAUGGGUUAUUGCCGAUCAGUUCAAGGCGAGGCUCGCACUCGUCCACGCCGGGGCCGUUCUGUGGUAUGUCCGUCGAUAUAGCGUCAACGACUUCCUGGAGCCUUUCGCGGUUUAUGCGGCUACCCUGUGUCUCUGGGUGUACAGCGUGUCCACGGUGUCCACAGUGCACCAGCAAGAGCCCAGAGCUCGGCCAUCAAAUGGAACCCCGGACUCGGGCGAAAGAGUGGACAGUAUGUCAACAGCCGGUGUCGAGUCGGAUGAGGAGCCGGAAAUAUACUUUAUCUAUCUCGAUCGGCCCUGCGAUGACGAAAUGGUGCAGACGUAUGUAAGGCUGGGGCACAAGAUGUCAGCAAAUUUGCUUCGAGUAGGAAACAUCUGCAAUGUUGGAGCACCUCGAAAGAUUCUACAGGAGGGGCUGCGGCUGCUGUCUGGCAAAGGCAGACGAAUGUCAAGAAUAGCACAAAGUCCAGCAAACCGGUGGGGUAUAAGCAACUCGUUUGGCGCGAUUCUGGAAUCUCUAAUCCAGGCCACACCUGUAGAAUGCGCCUCGUCAGGAGAGAGAAGGAAGGAUAUGGGACAUGAUUUGAAUGAGUCUAUCUAUGGGUGA